AUGUCAUUUCCUACUGAUUUGGACAUGAUCAAUCAUGAUAUAAAUCAAUUAUUUCUUCAUUUGAUGAAUGAUUUAACCCCAAUGGAGAAACCAGGACCAAUGAGUGGACGAUGUGAGCUACAAACUUCUCAAAUGGAGACAUUCUUAAAAGAAAAUUUUGAUUUUGAGAACAUUCCUGAUGAAUAUAUUGUUCAAGGAGUUAGAUCAUUUCGAGUUGGUCGAUUACCAUCAUUAGAAUCUAUAGAUGAGAAUUUAAUUAUCAAAUUUCCAUCUGAAACAUAUGAAAAUCCAUUUGAAAUGACAAUUGGUGAAAUUCGAAAAUGGCAACAAUCAUAUGUUGUUUAUGCUUGUCAAGAUAAUGAUUUGUCUAUUGAUAAAGAAUUUCUUCAACAAGCUCUAAAAGGUCAAAGUAAAGAUGGAGAUGAAGCAUUUCGUAUGAAAUUCGUUAUUCGAAUGAGUACAUGUCCAAUAUUAAUGGAAUUCGAUGGUCAAGUCAUUCCACGAAAAUUAGAAAAGACAUGGCCUAAUCGAAUUAAACUUGUGUCUGUUACUGGUAUUGAUUUUGCCGGACGAAAACAUGACAUUCAAGAUAUUUAUACGUAUUUGACUAAUUGGAAGGAUGUUUAUGCGCUUGAUCCUUGCACAAACCAACCAUUAGUAUACGGCGGACGAGACUUUUUUCCUAACAGAAAUGUUCGUGGUGUACUUGAUGAAAAACGUUUAUAUAAUGAUUUGAUUCGUAUGGCUCGUUUACGACUUCGUGCAUGUGAUUAUCAAGGCGUACAAAUUGUUGUUGAAACAGGUAUUGGAUUAGGUGUCUUUGCUGGUCGACAAAUUGGAAUUGAUGAUAAAACACGUUCAUUUACAGCUCGAGCUAUAAAACAAGUCAUUGAAGAAGAUGGUUCUAAGUAUACAAAUAUUAGAGCAAUUGUAUUUGCUUUACCUAUUUUCGAAAUCGAUGAAUCAACAUCAACAUACAAUUGUUUUAUUGAUAUAUUUAAUAAUGGAUAUUCAGGAUCGAUACCUAUUUUGAUCGUUGAUCAAGAUAUGCAUCGUUUAACAGUUGCUAUUGCAAAACGAGGAUUUUUCGUUUCUGAACUUAAUCCAGCUGAUUCACACGGUGUUUUUGGUGAAUAUUGGCAAAAUCGAGGACCUGCUGUUGAAGAAAAAUUAGCAUUAACAACCGUAGGACUACUGGUACAACAUCACUUGUUCAAUGAAAAACAUGUUUUGAAUUCUGAUAAUUACAAUUUUAUGGCUAUUGAUGAUAAUCUCUCUGUCAACACAGUAGUAUCAACACCAACAUCAUAUAUUAAUGUUGGACAACUAUUACAAAGUUUGCAAGAAACAGUGGGACGGAUAGGCACAUGGAUUAUAUGGAUUUUAUUUUUAUUUCGUAGAAAACGUGACGAUGAUCAUAUUGUUUAA